AUGCAUAAGAGGUCCCUCUCGUCUCUUUCAAUUUCGUCGUUUACUUUGAGGAAGGAUAAAUCGGUUCCUUCUUCGCCCACGAGAGGCAGUUUGGAGGUUCGGGGAGGCACCGUGUUUGAUCUGAUCAACAAUUUCAAUAAGGUGGCUGAACAGAGCUCAGCUCAGAAUACGGGACGCUUUGGAGGUGAAAAGAAGCCGAACAAAGCUAGGAGCACAAUUGAUUUUUCAAUUCUGAGAAUGAAUAAGAAGCCUUCCGUUGAUAUCAAAGGCUCUUCAAGAGAUAAGGAAAAUCAGAGACCAGCCCCUGAGCUUACAUCAAACACAUCUACAGGCAUAGGGUUUACCAACAACCCCGGGUCAAUUGGAGGUUUACAUCUUUUCUCUCUGCCAAAAGACCACCCUCAUUCUCAAAGCAAGAAGCCCCCGCCAGUUCCAUUCAAGGAUCGUAGUCCUAGAAUUACCCCGUCAUGUUCAAACACCUCCCUCCAGCGCAGUCUUCUCCCCCCUGCGCUGAUCGAGCAGCAGCAACCACGAGCUUCAUUCUCAUCUAUCUCUUCUAUCUCCACCCAGCAAGAACGGGCAAGUACGGAAGAAUUGGUCAGGAAGUAUACUCCAAACGAAUAUACACCAUCAUCUCAACGCAAUUUCUUCGGCCAACACGAGCCUAACCUUACUAGGAAGCCUGUAAACGGCUCAACUGGAAGUGGUAGCAGUAGCGGAAAGCCUAAGCAGAGACCAAAGAGUGCCUACAUCCCUCCUUCGACUUCGUUACUAUCUGGUGGAUUUAGUGUCGCAUCCCCAAGAAAGGGGAGUUACGAGCUACGGUACAGCAUGGAGAAGAAACGAUCAGAAGACGGCUGGAGGUCCCCUACUGGGAGUCAAGGUAGCCAGGGAAGCCAAGGCAGUCAAGAGAGUGGAAAGAGUGCCAAGAGCAGCCAUAACGCUGACUUGGAUUUGGAGGGAAUUGACGUUGCCUUUGAAGCUUUACUUGAUUCUCGGGGUGUGCCGGAAAAUCUCCGGGACCGGAUGCGAAAGCUGGAUAUUAGAGUAAAACAAGAAUUUAUUAGAAAAGAGGCACAAAUGGAGAAGACUGCCGAAAAAGUUGUAGAGACACCCUCUUCAUCUGGUUUAUUUGGGAGAAGGCCACAAACUGCACAUGGAGGAAGAUCCGAAGCAAGACCAAAGUCAAGAGAGGGAACCAGGAGCCUCGAUGCGCCGCCUAGUCCAACAAAGAAGACUAGACCCCGUAGUCGUACUUUUGGAGCUUCUAAAGACAAGGGUUUGUCUACUCCUUCGUUUUUAGGCUCGCCGAAGAAGCAAAAGAGUUCGGAUUCGGGCCCUACCGGUGACAAGAGCCUACGUGUUAAGGGUAUUGUAUUCCCUCCGGCCUCGGCAUCUGCCAUUCCGAGCAACGGCUCAACCUCUCCAACUAUGGUCCCCACUCUUGGUCCUCAAGAAUGGGUCGAGUGGCUCCGGGACGCGGCCAGACCUAAAAUUAAGGGACACAAGAUGUUCGUGGAAGGAAUUGAUGGAAAAUGUAUUCGGGGUGAGCAGGGAAUGAAGGAUGUUGAGGUUUCUGCACUUCAUAAGCUCCGUCUCGUGCUUCGGAAUGAACGCUUGAGAUGGGUUGAGAGAUUCGUUGAGCUUGGUGGAAUGCAGGCAGUUUGGGGUGUUCUGGAGAGGGUAUUGCGCAUUGAGUGGAGGGAGGAGCAUGAAGAUUUGUUGCUUCACGAGCUUCUGCUCUGUCUUAAGGCGCUCUGCACAGCUUCUUUGGCCCUGGAGAAGCUGCUAGAGAUGGAGAACAUGGUCUUUCCUCGUUUGAUUGAACUUCUGUUUGAUGAGGAAAAGAAAGGACCAUCGGAAUUCACAACCCGCGGGCUCAUUAUUAAUCUUUUGUUCACGCAUCUGUCUACUGCGCCACACACCCAAAAGCUAGGGCGGACGAAGAGGUUACUGGGAUACCUUGCCGAUAAGGUUCCUAAUGAGGAUCAGCGGCCGGUUGAGUUCAUUGAGGUUGCUCAUACGAGACGGCCUUACAAGAGAUGGUGCAAAGAGGUUACUAAUAUUACGAAGGAAGUCUUCUGGAUAUUCCUCCAUGGUGCAAAUGUUAUUGCGUUGCCAGUGUUACCGCCAAACAAUAGUCAGGGAGGGGACUACUCAUAUUGCACGAAUCAUUUCCCUGCAGAACGUCCGCCAGUACCGGCGGCCCCUUAUGUGGGUGGCGUUGAGUGGGAAGCUACCAGCUACCUUGCAAACCACAUGGACUUGCUCAAUGGGUGCAUUGCGAGCCUGGGGACUCGUGAGGAGCGAAACAAUCUUCGCCUAGACCUUAGGAACUCUGGAUGGGAGAGACUUAUGGGGGGUAGCUUGAGGACGUGCAAGGAGCGGUUACACACUGCUCUUCACGAAGGGCUUAAGACAUGGGUAGCUGCAGCCGUGGCAGACGAGUGGGAAAUCUCUGAUGUUAGAUUUGGUCCAAGGACCGAACAGUACAGCCGAGAUGCGGGAAAAGAGGCCAAGAAGGAGAGACGCAGGAGGAAGGAGCAACAGCGUGAGCAGGAGGAACUUAACCUUCAACUUCCCAAGCUGGAUUUCGCCAAUGGUGGUGUUGCAGCUAGUGGGAAAUCGAGAAAUGAUAAUACAGAUGGAGGAUGGCUAUACUGA